AUGGCUUCGAAAAGAAAACGUGUUGUGCUAUCGUUAGCGGACAAACUGAAAAUUAUAGAGCAACUCGAUAAAGGUGUAACGGGUAAGAAGUUGUCUGAGAUUUAUGGUGUUGGACAAGCAACAAUUUGUGACAUUAAAAACAGUAAGUCAACACUUUUAAACUUUGUUUCGGUGCUUGAAAAUGAAGAUGGAAGUUCCUCCAGGAAAACAAUGAAGACAGCAACCAACAAAAAUUUGGAAGAUGCCGUGUUUAAAUGGUUUUUGCAGCAACGUUCUAUGGGAAAUCCGAUUUCAGGUCCAAUCAUUUGUGAAAAAGCCAAAAUCUUAGCAGAAAAGCUUGGUUAUUCAUCUUUUAAGGCUAGUAACGGCUGGCUAAGGAACUUUAAAUUCAGGCAUGGUGUACGCGAGUUAGAUUUGGCUGGUGAGAAGCUUUCAGCAGACUCUGCAGCUGCUGAAAAUUUUAUUGAAAAAUUUAAAACUGCAGCAGAAUCCUAUGAUCCGGAGUUUGUUUAUAAUGCUGAUGAAACUGACCUUGUUUGGAAAGCAUUACCAAAAACCACUUUGGCUUCUAAAAGGGAAUCUAGUGCCCCUGGACAUAAGGUCAGUAAAGAACGUGUUACAGUGCUUAACUGUGCCAACUCCACUGGAAAUCAUAAACUACCACUUCUUUUGAUAGGAAAAUCAAAAAAUCUAAGAGCAUUUAAAAACGUAAAAAAACUUCCACUCUUCUACAAAAGUCAACCCAAGGCCUGGAUUACUGCAGCUUUGUUUACCGAAUGGUAUGAUGAAGUGUUUAUUCCUGAAGUGAAAAAGCACCAAAAAUCGGUGGGAAAAGAAGGCAGUAAGGUGCUUUUAAUUGUUGAUAACGCACCCAACAGCAGAACUGUUGGAAAGAGAGAAUGGGCACUUUAA